GUGUCUGGCUGAGGAAUCGUGGCCGCGUUCUGUGGGGCUGCUUUGCCUUAGUUGCUGUUUGGGGAGUCGGCUCCCUUCUGAAGAGCAGCGAAGCGCUGAUGCAGUACCAGACAGCGAAAACUGCGCUCACCGGCGCCCACCGUUCCAAUAUAGGCCGCAUGGCUGUCGCCGGGCUGCUGCUCAUCAUGGACAUUUGCAUCGUAACCCAAGAUCUGGAUUUCCCUCACUUUGAGAAUUCGGUGGAGCUAAAGAUGCUCGGCACGAACAUUGCCUUUGAAGGCU